AUGAUUCUCAGUGUCUUCGCACCCUUGCUACUGGCAACCCUCGGCCUGGGUGCGGCUGUAUCUCCAGCAGCGCCCGACCCCCAGGCUAUCAUCACGCUGAGCAACGCGGACAUUGCGUCUUUCCUGCCCUACACGCGCUUCGCGGCUGUCGCUUACUGCCCUCCCUCUGUAACUCUUGCCUGGAUCUGCGGUGCUAACUGCGAGACAAACCCCUCAUUUAUUCCCAUCGCGGCUGGAGGGGACGGUAACAAGAUCCAGUUCUGGUAUGUCGGGUUCCACCUCCCGUCGAGCGAGAUUAUCGUUUCACACCAAGGGACGAACUUCACCAAGAUUGACCCUGUCCUGAGAGACAUUAAUAUCCUGUUCGAAAAUCUUGACAAAGACGUCUUCCCUGGAGUCCCUGAGGGUAUCCAGAUACAUAGCGGAUUCGCCAAAUCCCAGAAGAAGACGGCGGAUGUCAUAUUGCAAGCCGUGCAGACAGGGCUCAUCAAGUUCAAUGCGAAAAAGGUCACCGUAACCGGUCACUCCCUUGGCGCGGCGGUCGGCCUCCUCGACGCGAUGUUUCUACGCUUGCAUGUUCCAGCGGACGUGAUGGUGCGCUUCAUCGGGUACGCGCUACCGCGCGUCGGAAACCAGGCAUUCGCGGACUUCGUCGACGACUCCGGGGUGCAGGUGGUGUACAUCAACAACAAGAAGGACCUCGUACCGAUCCUUCCCGGUCGCUUUCUUGGGUAUCGACAUCCGUCGGGCGAGAUCCAUAUUCAGAACUCGGGCAUCUGGGUGUCGUGUCCAGGACAAGAGAACCCGAGCACCCGGUGCACCACUGGAGACGUGCCCACCGUCUUCCGCAGCAACCUCAACAACCACAACGGCCCAUACCAAGGCAUCGAGAUGGGCAGAUGCUAA